AUGGGAUGGGCUUAUGGCUCCCUGGUUGGUUUUGAGUCCAAGUGUGGUGGGGCAGGACUUAAACCCCCUCCAUCCCAAGCUGACUGGUCUCUUCUCUCCUCUUCCUCAGAUGCUCACCCCGAAGGAGAUGCUGGCCCUUCAGGUACUUACCCUCUGCCCUGGAGAGCCCUGGAGAGCAGCAGUCUGAACAAAGACAGCCCCGAAGAGAGAGUUACCAGGGCCCCUCCGAAUCCAGCCCAGUCUGGGGACCAGCUCCUAGAGCUGGAAUUAGCAGGGAUGGCCCCACCCACUAGUCCAGACACCCAGGCCCUGUCCACACUGCUUCCAGAGCAGGUAGGCACCAAGCACACCCUCAUCCCCAGGAGGAAGCCACCUUCUCUCAAGCAGGUGAACACAGCCAGGAAGCAGCUGAGGCCAAAGGCAACCCCCACAGCAGCCCUCCAGAGUCCGGGGUCCCAGCCCACAACCUUGGGGCAGGAGCUCUUCUCUUCCACGGAGAAGUCCCGCCCCCCGGGGGACCUGGACCUAUUCACUUCUGCAGAGAUGCAUCAGCCUUCAUCCGAGGUGCCCCUCUGGCUGGACCAAAAGGAAGGCACCGUCCCCACGACACCUGCCCCCCUGCAAAUCUCCCCAUUCACCUCACAGCCCUAUGUGGCUCACACGCUCCCCCAGAAGCCAGACCCUGGAGAGCCGCUGGGGCCGGAGGAGUCUCAUGAGGCUUCCCUAGAGGAAGCCAGUCCCAUGACCCUGAUGGACAAAGGAGGAGAGAGUGAGCUGACAGGGUCAGCCUCUGAGGAGAACCAGGAGACCACAACGUCCACCAUUAUCACCACCACGGUCAUCACCACCGAGCAGGCCCCAGCUCUCUGCAGCGUGAGCUUCUCGGACCCUGAGGGGUACAUCGACUCCAGCGACUACCCACCGCUGCCCCUAAACAACUUCCUGGAGUGCAUGUACAACGUGACCGUCUACACUGGCUACGGGGUGGAGCUCCAGGUGAAGAGUGUGAACCUGUCUGAGGGGGAGCUGCUGUCCAUCCGGGGGGUGGACGGCCCCACCCUGACCGUCCUGGCCAACCAGACACUCCUGGUGGAGGGGCAGGUAAUCCGCAGCCCCACCAACACCAUCUCCAUCUACUUCCGGACCUUCCAGGAGGACGGCCUCAGCACCUUCCAACUGCACUACCAGGCCUUCAUGCUGAGCUGCAGCUUUCCCCACCGGCCCGACUUUGGGGAUGUUACCGUGAUGGACCUGCACUCGGGCGGGGUGGCCCACUUCCACUGCCACCUGGGCUAUGAGCUCCAGGGUGCAAAGACGCUGACGUGCAUCAAUGCCUCCAAGCCCCACUGGAGCAGCCCAGAGCCCAUCUGCUCAGCCCCCUGUGGAGGGGCAGUGCACAACGCCACCAUUGGCCGUGUCCUCUCCCCAAGUUACCCUGGAAGCACCAAUGGGAGCCAGGUCUGCGUGUGGACCAUCGAAGCCCCAGAGGGCCAGAAACUGCACCUGCACUUUGAGAGGCUGUCACUGAACGAGAAGGACAGAAUGAUGGUCUACAGCGGGAGAACCAACAAGUCAGCUCUUCUCUACGACUCCUUUCAAACCGAGAGCGUCCCCUUCGAGGGCCUCCUGAGUGACAGCAACACCAUCAGCAUCGAGUUCAUGUCCGACCAGGCCCGGGUGGCCUCAGCCUUCAACAUCCGAUUCGAGGCUUUUGAGAAAGGCCACUGCUAUGAGCCCUACAUUCAGAAUGGGAACUUCACCACAUCUGACGCAACCUAUAACAUCGGGACCAUAGUGGAGUUCACCUGCGACCCCGGCCACUCUCUGGAGCAGGGCCCAGCCAUCAUCGAGUGCAUCAAUGUCCGGGACCCUUACUGGAAUGACACAGAGCCCCUGUGUAGAGCCAUGUGUGGUGGGGAGCUCUCUGCCGUGGCUGGAGUAGUGCUGUCCCCGAACUGGCCAGAGCCAUACGUGGAAGGUGAAGAUUGUGUCUGGAAGAUCCACGUUGGGGAGGAGAAACGGAUCUUCUUGGAUAUCCAACUCCUGAACCUGAGUAACAGCGACAUCCUGACCAUCUACGAUGGUGAUGAGGUCAUGCCUCAUAUCCUGGGGCAGUACCUUGGGAACAGUGGUCCCCAGAAGCUGUACUCCUCCACACCAGACCUAACCAUCCAAUUCCACUCAGACCCAGCUGGCCUCAUCUUUGGGAAGGGCCAGGGAUUCAUCAUGAACUACAUAGAGGUGUCAAGAAACGACUCCUGCUCAGAUUUGCCUGAGAUCCAGAAUGGCUGGAAAACCACUUCUCACACGGAGCUCGUGAGGGGAGCCAGAAUCACCUACCAGUGUGACCCCGGCUAUGACAUCGUGGGGAGCGACACCCUCACCUGCCAGUGGGACCUCAGCUGGAGCAGUGACCCUCCAUUUUGUGAGAAAAUUAUGUACUGCACCGACCCCGGAGAGGUGGACCACUCGACCCGCUUGAUUUCCGAUCCUGUGCUGCUGGUGGGCACCACCAUCCAAUAUACCUGCAACCCUGGCUUUGUACUUGAAGGGAGUUCGCUUCUGACCUGCUACAGCCGUGAAACCGGCACCCCCAUCUGGACAUCUCGUCUGCCCCACUGUGUCUCGGAGGAGUCCCUGGCUUGUGACAACCCGGGGUUACCUGAAAAUGGUUACCAAAUCCUGUACAAGCGACUCUACCUGCCGGGAGAGUCCCUCACCUUCAUGUGUUACGAAGGCUUUGAGCUCAUGGGUGAAGUGACCAUCCGCUGUAUCCUGGGACAGCCGUCCCACUGGAAUGGACCCCUGCCUGUUUGCAAAGUUAACCAAGACAGCUUCGAACAUGCUUUAGAAGUAGCAGAAGCGGCAGCCGAGACAUCCCUGGAAGGUGGAAACAUGGCACUGGCUAUCUUCAUCCCCGUUCUCAUCAUCUCCUUAGUGCUGGGAGGAGCCUACAUUUACAUCACCAGAUGCCGCUAUUACUCCAACCUCCGCCUGCCCCUGAUGUACUCACACCCCUACAGCCAGAUCACGGUAGAGACCGAGUUUGACAACCCCAUUUACGAGACAGGGGAAACCAGAGAGUAUGAAGUUUCCAUCUAA